UUGCUACGUGUGCAGAAAGCUUCUCUGCCUUGGUGGUGACAGAGUUUAUCUCACCUUUAUUUUUUUUAAUUUAUUUUAGAUUUUGCAUAUUUAUGUAAACAAUGAACUUAUGUUAAUUCUGACAUUAAUUUCAAGGCUGUUUAAGUUCAGGAAAACACAUCUUACACUUUUUAAAAGCAUUCCAACCACUUAAUAAUGUACACUUGUAUUAUGACUGCUGCUUCUUCCGCUUUAAAGUUUUUUUUUUAACUUUGUGUAUAUGAGUAUUUGCAUGUGUUUGAGUACAGCACGUGUACGCAGUACCUGAGGCCAAACAGGACUUCCGAUCCCUUGGGACUGGAGAGGGGAGUGAUACAAAUAUCUCAAUUAGAAUUGAGCACUUUAUUGCCUCUUAUCCUCUGUACAUAUACUAGUUGUGAGUCUAUUAGAAAAAAGAAGAUUCUUAGAUGAGGAGUGAAAGAUCCCCUAUUUUAUCGGUAUAAUAGUAAAAAAAAUUGGGAGGAGACAGUUUAUUUUUGUGUCCAUUUAGGAAAGCAGUUCUUCCCUAUGACUUAGGCAGCCAUGGGGUUUUGGCUUUCUAACAGGUAUCGGUUCUAUCCUGUGGAGUGGGCCUUAAAUACAAACAUGAAGUGAUUAGUUACUCCUACUAUAUUUAUGCCACUACCAUAGCAAUGAGGCUAUUUUGACAUAUCAGUCAUUAUAUAGUACCUCACAGGGUUCUUAGAUGCUUUGUAAGACUGUCAAUAACUUGUCACCCCAAAUAGCACACAUGUAACCUUCCAGCACUGUGAAAUCUUGUCAGUGCCAGCUUGAUUUCCCCAUGUUUUAUGACUCAACUAUGUUGUGUCAUCAGCAAUACGAUCUUAACCAUGAAGUUCUGUAGAUUGCCAAAAAAUUGGCAGUACCUUAUAAUGUUUGGGGGUUUAUGGAGCCAACAAACUCCAAAAGAGGUGACCCAUUCCUGGCACUGGGCUUUAUAUUUGUUACCCUGCAGUGUUUAGUAGGGACAUUGUCAUCCUGAUGUAGGGGUAACUCCAUUUAAAUUCUUAUAUAUGUAUACAUGUAUAUUUUAUUUAAAAAGCUUCUACAGUAGUAGGUUUUCAUAUUUUUUUCAAGUAUCUUUAGUGUUAAUAAUCACUACCCAUACUCACUUCUCUCUCCUGCCCUCCUAUCCUUACCCCACGUAACCCUUCAACUUCUCCUGUUCCCUUUUCAUAUCAACUGCAGUAUAUCCCAUUUCCCUUGAAAUCUGCCUUCCCUUGUUGGCCCCUUGCUAGUUUCCUGAUCUCUAUGGAUACUCCAAUUUAAGACAGAUAUCUAAAGAUUCAGAGUUAGCAUUCACAUGUGAGAGAGAAUCUGAGGCAUUUGUUUUUCUGGGUCUAGGUUACCUUAUGGAGAAUGAUUAUUUCCAGCUCUAUCCAUUUACCUGCAAAUUUAAUUUCAUUUUUCUUUACAGCUGAGUAAUAAAUAUUCCAUUGUGUGAAUGUACCACAUUUUCAUUAUCCAUUCUUCAGUUGGUGGAUGUUGGCUCUUUCCUUUUUCAUUCAAUUAUGAAUUGAAUGGCAAUGAAUAUGGAUAUACAAGUAUCUCUAUAGUGGAAUGUACAAUCCUUUUAGAUGUAUGCCCAAGAGUGAUAUAGCUGGGUCAUAUGAUAAGUUUGUUUCCAGCUUUUUGAGGAGGGAGGGUGUCUUAGUUAAAGUUUCUCUGGCUGUAAUAAAACACCAUGACCAAAAGCAACAGGGUUUAUUUCAACUUAUACUUCCAUGUAAUAAACAAUUCACUAAUCAAUUUCACUGAUGGAAAUGAGGACAGAAUCUCAAAAGGGCAGGAACCUGGGUGCCAGAACUGAAUCAGAGAUCAUGGAGGAACAUUGCUUACUGACUGAUCAUUAUGUCUUGAUCCGCCUAUUUUCUUAUACAAUUCAAGAACACCUGUCCAAGAGUAGCUCUGCCUAUGACUACCUGGGGCCUCCCAUAGUAAUCAUUAAUAAAAAAGCAACAGCAAAUAAAACAUAUGGUACAGGUAUCCUAUCUGGAUCUCUAGGCCAUGUGGGCAGCUGGAAAGUUUCUGCGGAGAAAGUAGGCUGGAAUCUGGUGAAUCCCAAAGUGGAAGCUUUUACAUUCCAUGCAGACUCCAGAAUCUUCACUAUCUAGAGUUUCUUUGCUACAGGUACCAAGGAACAGUCUUUUAGAAUAGGCUAGGAAUUUAAAUACACCUGAACGCCCCUCCUCAGUAUUCUGUUCCUUUUCUUAAGGAUUCAAACUUGUUAGGAUGCACCCAGCAGGAAAUGGGUUAAGCCUUAGCUCAGCCACUCUUCCUAUUCCAGUUUUCCUGUGCCUGCUUCCUACUACCCAAAAGGAAGUAAUCCUUUCAGAUCUGUUUUGUGCUAAUGCUACUUUCACUCACAGUAGAUAAACUUCCAGAAAAUGCUCUGCAAAAUAUUUAGGACUUUUUACUAAAUCAUUACAUUUUCUUUUUGUUCUUAAAAGCUAAAGUUAUUUUAGAGAAGAGUUAAAUUUUCAUUUCUUUAGUUGAACAUUUUCUAGUAAUAAAAGCCAUGCAAAUAGCACUCUUCGCUUGCUUCUUUCUGAGCCUUUUCAAUUUCUGCUCUAGUGCCAUCAGAAGAUACUACCUUGGUGCAGUGGAAUUGUCCUGGAACUAUAUUCAGAGUGAUCUGCUCAGUGUGCUGCAUACAGACUCAAGAUUUCUUCCUAGAAUGUCAACAUCUUUUCCAUUCAACACCUCCAUCAUGUAUAAAAAGACUGUGUUUGUAGAGUACAAGGACCAGCUUUUCAACAUUGCCAAGCCCAGGCCACCCUGGAUGGGUUUGCUAGGUCCUACCAUUUGGACUGAGGUUCAUGACACAGUGGUCAUUACACUUAAAAACAUGGCUUCUCAUCCUGUCAGUCUUCAUGCUGUUGGUGUGUCCUACUGGAAAGCUUCUGAGGGAGAUGAAUAUGAAGAUCAGACAAGCCAAAUGGAGAAGGAAGAUGAUAAAGUUUUCCCUGGUGAAAGUCAUACUUAUGUUUGGCAAGUCCUGAAAGAGAAUGGUCCAAUGGCCUCUGACCCUCCAUGUCUCACUUACUCAUAUAUGUCUCAUGUGGAUCUGGUGAAAGAUUUGAAUUCAGGCCUCAUUGGAGCUCUGCUAGUAUGUAAAGAAGGCAGUCUCUCCAAAGAAAGAACACAGAUGUUGUACCAAUUUGUACUGCUUUUUGCUGUAUUUGAUGAAGGGAAGAGCUGGCACUCAGAAACAAACGACUCUUAUACACAGUCUAUGGAUUCUGCAUCUGCUAGAGACUGGCCUAAAAUGCACACAGUCAAUGGCUAUGUAAACAGGUCUCUUCCAGGUCUGAUUGGAUGCCAUAGGAAAUCAGUCUACUGGCACGUGAUUGGAAUGGGCACCACUCCUGAAAUACACUCAAUAUUCCUCGAAGGUCACACAUUUUUUGUGAGGAACCACCGUCAAGCUUCAUUGGAGAUAUCACCAAUAACUUUCCUUACUGCUCAAACACUCUUGAUAGAUCUUGGGCAGUUCCUACUAUUUUGUCAUAUCUCUUCCCAUAAACAUGAUGGCAUGGAAGCUUAUGUCAAAGUAGAUAGCUGCCCUGAGGAAUCCCAAUGGCAAAAGAAAAAUAAUAAUGAGGAAAUGGAAGAUUAUGAUGAUGAUCUUUAUUCAGAAAUGGAUAUGUUCACAUUGGAUUAUGACAGCUCUCCUUUUAUCCAAAUUCGCUCGGUUGCUAAAAAGUACCCUAAAACUUGGAUACAUUAUAUUUCUGCUGAGGAGGAAGACUGGGACUAUGCACCUUCAGUUCCUACCUCGGAUAAUGGAAGUUAUAAAAGCCAGUAUCUGAGCAAUGGUCCUCAUCGGAUUGGUAGGAAAUAUAAAAAAGUCAGAUUUAUAGCAUACACAGAUGAAACCUUUAAGACUCGUGAAACUAUUCAGCAUGAAUCAGGACUCUUGGGACCUUUACUUUAUGGAGAAGUUGGAGACACACUGUUGAUUAUUUUUAAGAAUCAAGCAAGCCGACCAUAUAACAUUUACCCUCAUGGAAUCACUGAUGUCAGUCCUCUACAUGCAAGGAGAUUGCCAAGAGGUAUAAAGCACGUGAAGGAUUUGCCAAUUCAUCCAGGAGAGAUAUUCAAGUACAAGUGGACAGUUACAGUAGAAGAUGGACCAACUAAAUCAGAUCCACGGUGCCUGACCCGCUAUUAUUCAAGUUUCAUUAACCCUGAGAGAGAUCUAGCUUCAGGACUGAUUGGCCCUCUUCUCAUCUGCUACAAAGAAUCUGUAGAUCAAAGGGGAAACCAGAUGAUGUCAGACAAAAGAAAUGUCAUCCUGUUUUCUAUAUUUGAUGAGAACCAAAGCUGGUACAUCACAGAGAACAUGCAACGCUUCCUCCCCAAUGCAGCUAAAACACAGCCCCAGGACCCUGGGUUCCAGGCCUCCAACAUCAUGCACAGCAUCAAUGGCUAUGUUUUUGAUAGCUUGGAGUUGACAGUUUGUUUGCAUGAGGUGGCAUACUGGCACAUUCUCAGUGUUGGAGCACAGACAGACUUCUUAUCUAUCUUCUUCUCUGGAUAUACUUUCAAACACAAAAUGGUCUAUGAAGAUACACUUACCCUGUUCCCAUUCUCAGGAGAAACUGUCUUUAUGUCGAUGGAAAACCCAGGUCUAUGGGUCUUGGGGUGUCAUAAUUCAGACUUUCGGAAGAGAGGUAUGACAGCAUUGCUGAAAGUUUCUAGUUGUGACAAGAGCACUAGUGAUUAUUAUGAAGAAAUAUAUGAAGAUAUUCCAACACAGUUGGUGAAUGAGAACAAUGUCAUUGAUCCCAGAAGCUUCUUCCAGAAUACAAAUCAUCCUAAUACUAGGAAAAAGAAAUUCAAAGAUUCCACAAUUCCAAAAAAUGAUAUGGAGAAGAUUGAGCCUCAGUUUGAAGAGAUAGCAGAGAUGCUUAAAGUACAGAGUGUCUCAGUUAGUGACAUGUUGAUGCUCUUGGGACAGAGUCAUCCUACUCCACAUGGCUUAUUUUUAUCAGAUGGCCAAGAAGCCAUCUAUGAGGCUAUUCAUGAUGAUCAUUCACCAAAUGCAAUAGACAGCAAUGAAGGCCCAUCUAAAGUGACCCAACUCAGGCCAGAAUCCCAUCACAGUGAGAAAAUAGUAUUUACUCCUCAGCCCGGCCUCCAGUUAAGAUCCAAUAAAAGUUUGGAGACAACUAUAGAAGUAAAGUGGAAGAAACUUGGUUUGCAAGUUUCUAGUUUGCCAAGUAAUCUAAUGACUACAACAAUUCUGUCAGACAAUUUGAAAGCAACUUUUGAAAAGACAGAUUCUUCAGGAUUUCCAGAUAUGCCAGUUCACUCUAGUAGUAAAUUAAGUACUACUGCAUUUGGUAAGAAAGCAUAUUCCCUUGUUGGGUCUCAUGUACCUUUAAACGUGAGUGAAGAAAAUAGUGAUUCCAACAUAUUGGAUUCAACUUUAAUGUAUAGUCAAGAAAGUUUACCAAGAGAUAAUAUAUUAUCAAUGGAGAAUGAUAGAUUACUCAGAGAGAAGAGGUUUCAUGGAAUUGCUUUAUUGACCAAAGAUAAUACUUUAUUCAAAGACAAUGUCUCCUUAAUGAAAACAAACAAAACAUAUAAUCAUUCAACAACUAAUGAAAAACUACACACUGAGAGCCCAACAUCAAUUGAGAAUAGUACAACAGACUUGCAAGAUGCCAUAUUAAAGGUCAAUAGUGAGAUUCAAGAAGUAACAGCUUUGAUUCAUGAUGGAACACUUUUAGGCAAAAAUUCUACAUAUUUGAGACUAAACCAUAUGCUAAAUAGAACUACCUCAACAAAAAAUAAAGACAUAUUUCAUAGAAAAGAUGAAGAUCCUAUUCCACAAGAUGAAGAGAAUACAAUCAUGCCAUUUUCCAAGAUGUUGUUCUUGUCAGAAUCUUCAAAUUGGUUUAAAAAGACCAAUGGAAAUAAUUCCUUGAACUCUGAGCAAGAACAUAGUCCAAAGCAAUUAGUAUAUUUAAUGUUUAAAAAAUAUGUAAAAAAUCAAAGUUUCUUGUCAGAGAAAAAUAAAGUCACAGUAGAACAGGAUGGAUUUACAAAGAACAUAGGACUUAAAGACAUGGCUUUUCCACAUAAUAUGAGCAUAUUUCUUACCACUUUGUCUAACGUACAUGAAAAUGGUAGGCACAAUCAAGAAAAAAAUAUUCAGGAAGAGAUAGAGAAGGAAGCACUAAUUGAAGAGAAAGUAGUUUUGCCCCAGGUGCACGAAGCAACUGGCUCUAAGAAUUUCUUGAAAGACAUAUUGAUACUAGGCACUAGGCAAAAUAUAAGUUUAUAUGAAGUACAUGUACCAGUACUUCAAAACAUCACAUCAAUAAACAAUUCAACAAAUACAGUACAGAUUCACAUGGAGCAUUUCUUUAAAAGAAGGAAGGACAAGGAAACAAAUUCAGAAGGCUUGGUAAAUAAAACCAGAGAAAUGGUAAAAAACUAUCCAAGCCAGAAGAAUAUUACUACUCAACGUAGUAAACGGGCUUUGGGACAAUUCAGACUGUCAACUCAAUGGCUUAAAACCAUAAACUGUUCAACACAGUGUAUCAUUAAACAGAUAGACCACAGCAAGGAAAUGAAAAAGUUCAUUACUAAAUCUUCCUUAUCAGAUUCUUCUGUGAUUAAAAGCACCACUCAGACAAAUAGUUCUGACUCACACAUUGUAAAAACAUCAGCAUUUCCACCAAUAGAUCUCAAAAGGAGUCCAUUCCAAAACAAAUUUUCUCAUGUUCAAGCAUCAUCCUACAUUUAUGACUUUAAGACAAAAAGUUCAAGAAUUCAAGAAAGCAAUAAUUUCUUAAAAGAAACCAAAAUAAAUAACCCUUCUUUAGCCAUUCUACCAUGGAAUAUGUUCAUAGAUCAAGGAAAAUUUACCUCCCCAGGGAAAAGUAACACAAACUCAGUCACAUAUAAGAAACGUGAGAACAUUAUUUUCUUGAAACCAACUUUGCCUGAAGAAUCUGGCAAAAUUGAAUUGCUUCCUCAAGUUUCCAUUCAAGAGGAAGAAAUUUUACCUACAGAAACUAGCCAUGGAUCUCCUGGACACUUGAAUCUCAUGAAAGAGGUCUUUCUUCAGAAAAUACAGGGGCCUACUAAAUGGAAUAAAGCAAAGAGGCAUGGAGAAAGUAUAAAAGGUAAAACAGAGAGCUCUAAAAAUACUCGCUCAAAACUGCUAAAUCAUCAUGCUUGGGAUUAUCAUUAUGCUGCACAGAUACCAAAAGAUAUGUGGAAAUCCAAAGAGAAGUCACCAGAAAUUAUAUCCAUUAAGCAAGAGGACACCAUUUUGUCUCUGAGGCCUCAUGGAAACAGUCAUUCAAUAGGGGCAAAUGAGAAACAAAAUUGGCCUCAAAGAGAAACCACUUGGGUAAAGCAAGGCCAAACUCAAAGGACAUGCUCUCAAAUCCCACCAGUGUUGAAACGACAUCAAAGGGAACUUAGUGCUUUUCAAUCAGAACAAGAAGCAACUGACUAUGAUGAUGCCAUCACCAUUGAAACAAUCGAGGAUUUUGACAUUUACAGUGAGGACAUAAAGCAAGGUCCCCGCAGCUUUCAACAGAAAACAAGGCACUAUUUUAUUGCAGCUGUGGAACGACUCUGGGACUAUGGGAUGAGUACAUCUCAUGUUCUACGAAAUAGGUAUCAAAGUGACAAUGUACCUCAGUUCAAGAAAGUAGUUUUCCAGGAAUUUACUGAUGGCUCCUUUAGUCAGCCCUUAUAUCGUGGAGAAUUAAAUGAACACCUGGGGUUGUUGGGCCCAUAUAUAAGAGCAGAAGUUGAAGACAACAUUAUGGUAACUUUCAAAAACCAGGCCUCCCGUCCCUACUCCUUCUAUUCUAGCCUCAUUUCUUAUAAAGAAGAUCAGAGAGGAGAAGAACCUAGAAGAAACUUUGUCAAGCCUAAUGAAACCAAAAUUUAUUUUUGGAAAGUACAACAUCAUAUGGCACCCACAGAAGAUGAGUUUGACUGCAAGGCCUGGGCUUAUUUCUCUGAUGUUGAUCUUGAAAGAGAUAUGCACUCGGGAUUAAUUGGACCCCUUCUGAUUUGCCACGCGAACACACUGAAUCCUGCUCAUGGGAGACAAGUGUCAGUACAGGAAUUUGCUCUGCUUUUCACUAUCUUUGAUGAGACCAAGAGCUGGUACUUCACUGAAAACGUGAAAAGGAACUGCAAGACACCCUGCAAUUUCCAGAUGGAAGACCCCACUUUGAAAGAGAAUUAUCGCUUCCAUGCAAUCAAUGGUUAUGUAAUGGAUACCCUACCAGGCUUAGUAAUGGCUCAAGAUCAAAGGAUUCGAUGGUAUCUUCUCAGCAUGGGCAACAAUGAGAACAUCCAAUCUAUUCAUUUCAGUGGACAUGUUUUCACUGUACGGAAAAAAGAGGAGUAUAAAAUGGCAGUGUACAACCUCUACCCAGGUGUUUUUGAGACUCUGGAAAUGAUACCAUCCAGAGCUGGAAUAUGGCGAGUAGAAUGCCUUAUUGGCGAGCACUUACAGGCUGGGAUGAGCACUCUUUUUCUGGUGUACAGCAAGCAGUGUCAGAUUCCUCUUGGAAUGGCUUCUGGAAGCAUCCGUGAUUUCCAGAUUACAGCUUCAGGACAUUAUGGACAGUGGGCCCCAAACCUGGCAAGACUUCAUUAUUCCGGAUCAAUCAAUGCCUGGAGUACCAAGGAGCCCUUUUCUUGGAUCAAGGUAGAUCUGUUGGCACCAAUGAUUGUUCAUGGCAUCAAGACUCAGGGUGCUCGUCAGAAAUUUUCCAGCCUUUAUAUCUCUCAAUUUAUCAUCAUGUAUAGCCUGGAUGGGAAGAAGUGGCUGAGUUAUCAAGGAAAUUCCACUGGAACCUUAAUGGUUUUCUUUGGCAAUGUGGACUCAUCUGGGAUUAAGCAUAAUAGUUUUAAUCCUCCAAUUAUUGCUCGAUAUAUCCGUUUGCACCCCACUCAUUCUAGCAUCCGUAGUACUCUUCGCAUGGAGUUGAUGGGCUGUGAUUUAAACAGUUGCAGCAUACCAUUGGGAAUGGAAAGUAAAGUAAUAUCAGAUACACAAAUCACUGCCUCAUCCUACUUCACCAACAUGUUUGCUACUUGGUCUCCUUCACAAGCUCGACUUCACCUCCAGGGAAGGACUAAUGCCUGGCGACCUCAGGUGAAUGAUCCAAAACAAUGGUUGCAAGUGGACUUACAAAAGACAAUGAAAGUCACUGGAAUAAUAACCCAGGGAGUGAAAUCUCUCUUUACCAGCAUGUUUGUGAAAGAGUUCCUUAUUUCCAGCAGUCAAGAUGGCCAUCACUGGACUCAAAUUUUAUACAAUGGCAAGGUUUUUCAGGGGAAUCAGGACUCAUCCACACCUAUGAUGAAUUCUCUAGACCCACCAUUACUCACUCGCUAUCUUCGAAUUCACCCCCAGAUCUGGGAGCACCAAAUUGCUCUGAGGCUUGAGAUUCUAGGAUGUGAGGCCCAGCAGCAAUACUGAGGUAGCCUCUGCAUCACCUGCUUAUUCCCCUUCCUCAGCUCAAAGAUUGUCUUAAUGUUUUAUUGCUGUGAAGAGACACUAUGACCAUGGCAACUCUUAUAAAAUAAAGCAUUUAAUCAGGGCUUACUUAUAGUUUAAAAGGUUUCGUCCAUUAUCAUUGUGGGAAACAUAGUGGCACACAAACAGACAUGGUGCUGGAGAAGUUGCUGAGAGUUCUAUAUCUGGAUCCACAGAUAUAGCAGGAAGAGAAAGACACUGGGACUGACUUGGGCUUUUUAAACUUCAAAGUCUACCCCCCAGUGACACAUUCCUUCGACAUGCCCAUACCCAUUCAAACAAGGCCACUUCUAAUCUUUCUCUGUAGUGUCCCCCCUGAUGACUAAGCAUUCAAUUUUAUGAGCCUGUGGGGACCAUUAUUAUUCAAACCACAAGGAUAUUCCUUCACCAAUUCAAGACCACCAUCCCUCUUAGGCAUCUACAUUACAUACACAUUGUUUAUACUACCAUCAUUUUAUUUAAAAGAAUACAAUCAUAUAUCACCCUACUUCUAAAUUAUUUAUUCUGAAUUUUCUGAAAACUUAACUUUCAACAUUUGAAAUGAAAGCUGUGAAGCACCACACUAAAUUUUAUACUUUCAGUUAUCAAUAUAAGUUAUGCACUACCAAACCCCCCAAAAAAUCAAUAACAGAAUCAGAACUAGAAAAACAAUUAGCUUUAUAACCUCUUAAAUAACUCAUGUCCAUUAACUACAUUCAUUCAUUCCUGGUCCCCUUAUAUUUAGCCUUUUAUGUUCUCUUUUCUUCAUGUUAUACUGUACCCAAAUGUACAUUAUAUCAUAUAUAUAUAUAUAUGUGUGUGUGUGUGUGUGUGUGUGUAUACACAUAUACAUAUACAUACAUACAUACACACUAUUGGCUAGAUUAUACAUAUGAGAGAAAACAUACAGAUUUUUUUCUUUCUGAGAUUAUAUGGCCUCAUUUAAUAAUAUACAUUCUAAGACUAUGUUCCAGAAAAUUUUAUCUUCAUUUAAACUUUAAUUUAAAACCUGGAACACUGAAACUUUUAGGAAAAAGAAAAACACACAAGAUACCCUUCAAGAUAUCAGUACAGGCAAGAACUUUUUAAAUAGAACUCCAACACUACAGGAACUAACCCCAAGUAUCAAAAUAUGGGAUUAUAUGAAAAAAAUUUUGUGCAGCAAGAGAAACAACCAUCAGUUAACAUACAGUCCAGAGAAUCAAAGACAAAUCCUUACCAGCUACACUUCAUAAAGGGGCUAAUUACUAUCCAGGGGCUGGUGAGAUGGCUCAGAGGUUAAGAGCACUGACUGUUCUUCCAGAAGUCCUGAGUUCAAUUCUCAGUGGCCACUUGGUGGCUCACAACAUCUGUAAUUGGACCUGAUGCCCUUUUCUGGUGUGUCUGAAGACAGCUACAGUGUACAUACAUAAAAUAAAUUUUUAAAAAAUCAUUAAAAAACAAAUCUGAUAAGUUGAAAAGUUGAAGGUGAUGUGGAGAGUAAGCAGCCUUGAUUCACUGUUAGUGGAGGUAUAAAUUAAGGAACCCAUUGUGGAAAUCAGUUUGGAAUUUUUCAAAAAUUAAAAAUAGAACUACCAUAUGACUCAGCUGUUUCACUCCUGAACAUAUACCCAGGAAACUCCAUACCCUACCAUAAAAAUCUUUGUACCUUUAUGUUUAUCUUGCUUUAUUCACUAUAGCAAAGAACUAGAGCCAACAGGUGAAUGUAUAGUAAAAAUUUGGUAUAUACAUACAUAUAUAUUCAUAAUGGAAUGUUACUUAGCUCUAAUGAUAAUAGUCUUCUAAAGGAGAUAUUUUUAAUAUUUCUAUAGGAAAGUGCAAACUUUAAAGUUAUAUUAAAGAGCUUUGCCAAAAACAAACCUUCAACUUCUGUUUUACUCCUUCCUUCCUGCUAAAACAAAAAUACAGUGGAAAAUUUUAUACUAUACUUCUGUAGUUGAAAUAUCAAGGAAUCAUAAAAAGCGCAACUGUUGAAGACUCCAGUAUACAUUGCCACAUUCUCACCAGAAGCUUGAGGAUGUUUCAUUGGUCCUUCUUCCUCUAUACUUUAUUAUGAUUACACAAGCACAUCAUGGUAGCAAUGACAGUCGACUGAACAGUCAGAGGAUGCAUUCAAAAUUUGCAGCCAAAGCUGAUUUGAAAAAAUAAGAAGAAAAUUUGUCUCAGUCUCAGAAAAGGCAAAAGAACGGAUACAUUUGUUUCAUGCUAGUGCAUUUUGUAGUAAUCCUACUUGACCCUUCUGUGACUACUUUGGGAACUAUAACACAACUAUCAAAGUCCACAACUGACAAAACUAUAGAUGGUAUGGUUUUAUUUCCUAUAAAAUUCUAAUCACUCAAAUCUAACUUAAUAAUCUGAUUUUGAUAGUCUUUUCCCAUUGAUGACGCAGCUCUAUUUCUCAGAUGCUUCUGGAAUCAACUGUUUUUUUUGUUUUAGUUAUGAAUUAAAAUAAAACAUUGAUGCAUACAAAUGAAA